AUGAUAAUGAAAGUUAUGAUAUUCUCAACUAGAAUUAACUAAAUGUUAAUCUAGGCUUUGUCUAUAAUAUAUGGAUAUUACAGUGUACUGAUAUGACCGGGACGCCGGUUCGCGGUUACUGACAUUUUCAACGACACCAGUGUCCAGUGCUAUGUUAACACUUAGCAGUAUAAUUUUACCAUAAUAAUAUUAUAAUAUAUUUUAACCACGGACUAAGAUAUCUUAGUCCGUGAUUUUAACAGUUUACAGCGUCACCGCCCCGUGCUGUACUCCCGUGCCGAUACCACCGAACACCGACACCGCCAUCCCCCACCACCAUAGAAUGUUGCGACCAUAGAUAAGAAUAUUUUCAAAGGGCAUAUAAAACCAUCAAUGUGGUAACAACUACAAUAAUAUUUCCGCAAGACGGUUGAUAACGCGCGCAAUUGCCAUUUGAGAGUUGAGACUGGCCCGCGCCGAACUAUAGCUGUGGCGGUCGUGACUCCUACAACGGUAACCGCAACGACUCACUAACCGACGCCGCGCCGUUUACCGCCAACGAAUCGAUCGACGGACGCAUCUCGCCGCCACCUAUCUCUGUCGAUAGGACGUCGCGACACGGAACGAUCUGCCACGACCUGUGUACCUAUACUUAUAAAUAAUAAACAUUUUAACUAUUAUUUCGGUCCGCCGCCAACCUGCUAAAAAAUCCGAUCGAUCGUCGGACAACUUUGCCGACGAGCGUACUUACAAUUGAAAUUAUUUGUUGAUCGGCGGACGACGCGCCGUGCCCAAUCCUCUCGGCUCUCGCCCCUCGUCGUUUCAGACUCGCAGCGGUCGCGUCAUCGAAAUUUGUCGUCGUCGUCGUGACAUGUUGAACGCAGAACAUACACACCGUCUCCACCGUUACUGCAGUGCCAAACCGAGCCGCUCUCGGCGCGCAACAGCCGACAUUUUUGUUCGCCUCUUGUGAGAGCUAAGCGAUUCGGAGUGAUUGUUUUUCGUCUCAAUACUUGUCAGUGAUAGAUCGGACAUCCGAGACUCGCCUUGUCUUGUAACAUUUGUGUUCCGUAGUUUGUCACCACCAUGGCGUUCAAUAACUCCGCUCCAAUGUUCGUUGAAGGAAAUCCAACCAGCGUCAUAAACAGACAUACAUGCAAAAUGCGAAAUAAAAGAAUGUGGAAAUCAUUACGUGCGCACAUCUUGUCACGUCGAGAAAAGAGCAAACAAGAUGAAGCUGAUGCUGAAAUUUUGAGAAAAAUAAAAUGCGCAGAAGAUCAAAAAAUACAAGAAAAUAAAUUAUCAUUAGCACAAAUUAAUGGUCGUUUAUCAGAACUACGAGAUAAGCGAGAUGAACUUGAAGAAGAAAAACGUGAACUGCUGAAUCAGAAACAAACUAUUAUAAAUACAGUUAUAGCAGUGCCUGAGCCUAAGUGUGCAAACUAUGAUCGUAAACUAGUGACAAAAAUCAAAUUUAAAAGUAGUAUAGUUUCAAAUUUUGCUUUUCUCCAACAACAACAUGAACAACAUGAAUAUUUAUUAGACAUGCUGAAAAUAGAACCUUGUAUGGAAUCUCCAACUCCUGAAUUGUUUGAAGAAUCAAGUCCAAUAUCAGAUUCUGUGGUAAUACCUACAGAUGUCAAAGAAAGUAGCGAGACAAAUAAUUGGAUUAUACAUCAACCAAAUUAAAUUGUAUUUCAUCAAUAAUUACUAAAUACUAAUUUAACAUAAUGUUUGUUACUGUAUUGCAGUGGUCCAUAUUUUAUUAGGAAUAAUAAUCUUAUUAUAUUGUUUUAAAUUUAUUUUUAUAAUGAAAGUUUUUUUUUAAUUUUUGCAUUAUAAUUUGUAAAAUGUUUUCUUUUUAUUUAUCUAACUUUUUAUGGAAUAUUAGAUACUAUUGUAAGCACUUUAUACUAUGUUAAAUCAAGAGAUGAUCAAUUUUAACUUAUUCAUAUUCCUCUUUUAUUACUUAUAAUGAAUAUACCACAAUUAAUUUUAAUAUCAUUUGUUAGUAACCUAUAAUUAAAAUUUAAUUUGUGAAUUGUUAAUAUACAUUUUAAGCCUGUAAUAGAGUGGUUAAUUUCCAUUAUUAUAAAUGAAAAUUCUAGCUUUUUAACUAUUAAUUGAUCAAGAUCUUCAACUUGUCCAGCAAUAUUGCAUUUUUAUUAUUUAAGUUUAAAUUAUUAUUCAUGAUCAUCUGAAUUUUAAUUAUUUUUAAAAUGGUAGUUAAACAAAAAUAAAUAAUAUUUUUGUAUUCAAAUUGUUUUUAAAUAUAAGAUUACUCUAAGUUAUUUAUUAGAAUGGUCAUCAUUAGCGUUAUAGACUGAUAUUAUAAAAACUUUUAAUUUACAAAUAUUAAUUUUUAAUAAAAAUGUUUUUAAUGAGAUACAAAAAAUACUGUUAUGUUUGAAAGUAAUUUUUAAUUUUUAGGCUUCACUGUAAUGUGAUGGACAAUUGGUAAUUUUGAUAUAUAAUCAAUUUAAAGGUUCAUUUGGUUUUUUGUGUUUAUUUUUGAACACUACUCAUGUAUUAAUAAAUUAUAUUAAACGUUGUUCUACUAUUAAUUUUAUAGCUAUAAGACGUUGUGGAUAUCAAUUUUUUUACUCAAUUUAGUACUCUGUCAAAUUAGACUAAAAAUUGUGAAAAAUAAUUUUAUUCUGACAGCCAAUAUUUCGCAUACUAGCAAAUGGCUCCUAUUAUCUUCAACAUACAUUUUAAGUUCUGUCCUAUAAAAUAUUUCAAAGAUAUUCAUAAUAUACCAUUAAUAAAUAUUAUGAAAAAGUUAUUAUUAUAAUAUCUUAAAAAAAUAUGUUCUAACUACAUAGAGAAGUUACUUAUAAAAACUGUUGUGUACUUCACACCUUUUUUUUCUUAAUGUAUACUGACUUAAUUAGC